GGAGGGCGUGGAAGGACAGGGCGAGGCGCCAGCGGGCGUGGUCACAGUGACACAAGGUUCCGUUCGGGUUUGGUCCGUAUAUAAGGUGACGAGCGGCGGGGAGGGACAGACCACACCGUCGACGCUGAGCUGGCGACAUGAAUCCCCUGGUGUUCCUACCUCUGCUGGCCACAGCCUGCAUCGCCGCCCCCUCCGUGGGCUUGGGCCUGCAGGGGGUGGCUCAGGCCGUGGCGGUGCCCCAGCCCGUGGUUGCGGCAGUGCCGGGCUACGGCGUGCAGGGCGAGGUGCGCCAAAUCACAGAGACUGUGCCGCAGCCUGAGCCCGUGGCCGUGGACGUCAACAGACUUCCCGUGCUCUCCGCCCCUGCCCUUCCCUACGCAGCUCCCUACGCCCUGCCCGCUGCCUCUACCCACUACGGUCUGCCCGCUGCCCCGGUGCCUGUCGCCCCUGUGCUGUUGUCCCUCACGGUCACCUCCGUCCUCGGAGGCCUCGUCCACUAUCCGCUGGGCCCCGCGGCCAUCGCUUACUCCAACCUGAACCUCAACGUGCCCGCAGCGGUGCCCGCCGGCCAGGCCACCGGUGAUGAGGUGCAGAGGCUGCCCGUCAAGGCGCUGGGCCGCCCCGAGAUCUCCUACACCCCCCAGGUGACGGAAGUCCGCCCGCAGCUCAAGAUCUACGAGAGGACCUACGAUGUGCACGUGCCCAAGCCCGUGUACCAGACCCAGCUCGUCACCCCCGUGCAACACAAGUACGUGCCCGAGCCCUACGCCGUGCCCCAGCCCUACGCCGUGCCCCAGCCCUAUGCCGUGCCCCAGCCCUACGCCGUGCCCGUCCCCGUGCAUCACCACGUUGCCGCCGUGCCCGCCGUGCACGCUGUGGUACCCGUGUAAAGGACUCAAGCUGACGUCCCUGCUGAUCCUCAGGCGCCUCACGACACCCACAGGGAGACUAACUUUAGUGUACGCCAAACACGUCAUGACAACUCACAGAACUGAAUAAAUGCUCGUUUUGU